AUGGUGGGAUUUGGGGAUGCUGACCUCCCCGUUCCCUCUGGCCCUGACCUGAAUGCCCCCAUCAUUCCUCCACUCCACCUUGGACCAGUGGAUGACACUGAGCAAAGACUGCCAGAGGACCCCGCAUCCCUGGACGCAGCCAUCCAGCAUGCCCUGGCAGGCCUCUACCCCCCUUUUGAGGCGACGGCGCCCACCAUCCUGGGGCAGGUGUUCCGUCUCCUGGAUUCUGACUUCCAGGGGGAUGGGCUGAGCUUCCUCCUGGAUUUCCUAAUUCCUGCCAAGCGCCUGUGUGAGCAAGUGCGUGAAGCAGCCUGUGCCCCGUACUCACACUGCCUCUUCCUGCAUGAGGGCUGGCCUCUGUGUCUGCGGGGUGAGGUCGUGGUGCACCUGGCCCCCCUCAACCCCCUCUUACUGCGCCAAGGGGACUUCUAUCUCCAAGUCGAGCCCCAGGAGGAACAGUCUGUCUGCAUCAUGAUCAAGUGCCUCUCCUUGGACCUCCGCACAGUGGACACAAAACCUGUUCCCGUGUCAUCCUACCCUAUACUUUUCACCCAGACGUGGCUGGAGGCCAUCAACAGUGACUUUGAGGGAAGUCCCCUACACAACUGCCUGGUCGCUUCAGAAGAUGGAGUUGUCCCUGUGCCCUGGACCAAGAUAACCAGCCCAGAGUUUGUGGAUGACAGACCCCAAGCAGUGAAUGUCGUCUCCCCAGCCUGGGGGUCCCUUCAGUUAGAGGCCCUUGAUUUGAGCAGCCCUCUGGAGCUGCACCAGCCCAGGUCCCCAGGCAGCCAGGUGUUGCUUGCCCGGAGCUUGGCCAAGGGCAAGGGCGGGACAUAUGGAAACAAGUACCCAGGACUCAUCAAGGUGGAGCCAGCCAGGCCUGGGGAGGUGGCCUUUAGGAUGGACCAUGUGGCCAGCCAGGAGUUGGAGGGAGACUAUGUGGUCCUCCUGGAGAGCAGAGGAGGGUCUCCCAGUAGGGAAGUGGAGACAUCCAGUGAAUGUCCUUUGGGGGCACUGGAGGAACUCUCCAAAACUAAGGAAAUCCCUUUCUCUCAAAGAAUGCCAUCUCUCUCAGGGACCAGUGGGGGACCUUCCUUGAAAAAAUGGGCUUGUGAGAAGCCAGCAAGCUCAGGAAAGGAGCCCUGCAUUUUGGGCUUGAGGAGAAAGGUCAACCAUAAAGUUGACUUACCCACCCACCACUCAGAACACCAGCCCCAGGAGCCCUACCUCAACGUCCUUGAGAAGCCACUGCCCUGUGCCUCUGGCCUCGAGGCAGGUAGUUCAUCUUCCUCCAAGAUGCAGGGACCUCUGGGAAACCCAGAAGAUACAGUCCAGCCCAUGCCUGAACCAAAGCAAGCAUCCUCCCUGCACGUGUGCCCAGCUUCCCCUCCUGCUGAAGCCAAGAAGGAAGAGAGGGCCAAACAGGGCCAUGGGAGACCUCCCAAACCUGGCACUGGCCCCAGUCAGAAUACCUCCUCUUCCAGAUCCCCCACUCCUGGGCUCAGAUUCUCCUUCUUGAAAGGGCAAAGGCAAGCCCCGGGGCCUCCAGAGAAAGCCUCACUCCAGCAGGACGGGCCCUGGAAAGCCUUGUGUUCACUCUACUCUCCCAAACCCCACCGAGCCAAGUGCUUGGGGAAAGGUAAGUCGCCCACUCGCUCAGCUGGACAGGGGACUGUUCUCUGGACAUGA